AUGGUUAACAGGAGGCUCACCUGGUUCCUUGAGACCAUCAAUUUUCUUAAGAGUGAACAAGCAGGUUUUAGGCCACAAAGAUCAACGAACCAACAAGUAGCCACUUUCUCCCAACACAUCAAAGAUGCCCUUGAUGCAAGAAAUACCCUUACGGCUGUUUUCGUCGAUUUCAAAUCAGCAUAUGACUUAGUAUGGAAGGGAGCUGUCACAAGCUGCACUCUUUUCAAUGUCUUCAUCAAUGACAUAGCUGAGCUGGUACAGACAGUCACGGGCAAACAAGUGCUUACUUUACGCAGAUGA